UUUUUCCUCCCUCUCCGCACCGCAAUCCAUCGUCCUGCCCGAGCCUUGGGCAUCUGCUCCCCGGACUGCCGCAACCUUGCCCCGAGCGGCAUCGCUCUACCACCCGCAUCCCGGACCCGAAUCUCGUCUGCCCCAACCGAACGACCCAGCCAAAUCCUAGCUCCUUUACUAUGAAUUCCUGUUUGCGUGCCCUCUGGUACAUCGCUCGCCAACGGGGCGCACAGGCACCCAAGCAGCAGCUCCGUCUACUGUGGAGCCCAACACUCCGCCUGCCAGCAUCGACGGCAUCGACGGCAUCGACGGCAUCAACGACAUCGAUGGGCCGAAUCAUCGCCAGCGCAGCUGGAUUUAUGGCAACAGCUGGAGCGGCAGCACUGCUCUCGCAGCAACAGCGAACGCGGCUGCAGAUCGAGUGCUCUCCCACCUACAACGGCGUACCCGUUGCUGCGACGUUUCUGUUGCAUCAGUGCCAGGCCAUCUUUGACGCACAGUUCCCGGGCCUGGAAAUGUCUGCCAUAUUUUCGAUGAACCACCCCGAGUUCUCGUAUUCGGAGGACGGCGCUCUAUCAUUCUAUUGGCCAACGGAAGCCGUGGUCGAGAUCCCGGUAUUCGAACGGCUGAAUCAAAUCGAGGAAGCCAAACUUGGAACAGCUGGCAUCCGAAAAAAGCCCGUGGCCACACUACGGCUGAAGGGCAAGUGCAAAUACGGAUGUGCACAAGUGGAACUCGGGGAGAUGGUGCUGAUCAAGAAAAAUGGCGAGGAAGUCUGGCGAUGGACAAAAGAGAACUAGCGAGCAUACGCAGACAGCAUGUUGAAUAACGAAUCGGCACAUUGUCUCAUUCGGACAACUCGGCGUAGCCGAAUCAUAUCACAUACCCGGUCGAGUGGGUCAAAUCAUUUCCCUGGGAUGCGGGAGGAAGACGUGGAGCAAAGAGCAAGUUGCUGCAAGACCUCAGCGAGCGGAUGAUACAGGGGUCGGACUCACACAACCCACGCAGCGUGCACUUGGAUUGCACCGCCGAGUCCAAUACGAGUUGGAUGCGCGAUUCAAUGCACAAGCGAAAUGGUACUGUUCGACG